ACAAUCAACAAUACAAUGCGCCACCGCCGCCGAAAUUUGACUGAAAUAAAUAUUAUUUUGUCAGUCAAGCGCUUUGUACGGUUGCAUUGCCGAAAUAAAACAAAAAUUUCGAGAAAAUAUCCGAAACCGACGCAAUCAUGGACCUUGAAAACGCUGAAGAAAUUCUGCAAAUAUUGGAGCGCUACACAAAGCAAAAAUCGAAAACAAUUCCGGACGAAUUGAACGGUUACUUAUCUCAUGUUGCAAUGACGGGCGAUUCGGUGUACACUUGGUCGAAAGUACAGUACUUUUUCCGCGAGAAACUGGCGCACGUAUUAAAGGACUUCCAUGAUACAACACCACGAACGGAAGAUUUGCCCAUCAGUCGGAACGUAGACCCCUUCAACUAUGACACCAUGAAAACCAUAUUACUGGAACGAUUCGACCUAUUCAAUGCAGCUCCAUUCACAAUCCAAAGACUCAGCGAACUGCUGAGCGAUCCGAAGAAGCACUACUGCCGAUUGGACAAAUUUAUGCGAGCGCUGGAAAAGAACAUUUUGGUUGUCAGUACCGUUGAACCGGGUCACCGAACAAUGGGCAGUGAAAAUGGUGACUCAAUCAAUGGCGAUCCACUGAUGGACAUCAAUGUCGACGUGGAAAUGGACAAAGAACCGAGCGGUAGCUGUGUUACGUCGAUGGAUGAGAAAGAGACCGUCGAAGCAGAACUAGAACCGAGCACAGACGAGUUGAAUACAGAAACUAAGACUGAAGAGGGUACAAGCGAACAGUCUGACGAGACGGUCACUACGGACGACGCUACUUCCAGCACAAACGGUCAUCACAGCGACGAGUUAAAUGACACAAUCGAAGACGUUAAGGAAGAAGCGACCGAGGACAAAACGGAUAAUUCCAGUGCCAGUGUUGAACCUGUUAAGGUGGAAGUACAACCGGCGGAACUUGCUGAAAGUUUGCCGGAAGAAAGUGCAGCCGUCAGUGAACCGAUCGUCGAAGCCUCACCAGUCAUUCCGGACACAGAACAACCAAAGGAAACUGCAACUGAGGAAGUAGAUGGAAAAGUGAUUUCCGAAACAGAUGCUGAAAGUAGUGCAGUAGCGACAACAGAAGCCGUGGAUGAUAAAGAGAGUGUUGUCGAAAAGAAGUCAGAGAAACAUGCACUGGACCGUGAUGACGACGACGAAGAAUGUCAGCCAACGGCAGCAAAAUUAGUAAAAAUCGAUGAGUCGUCCACUGAAUCAACGUCCGAUACGGAUCAACUUGAUAUUGCUGCGAUCGAUAAAGUUCCAUCGGACGAAGCGGUGAUUUCGGACGAUGAUCAACGCCCCGUCGAAGUAACAGAACCUCUAUCCGAAGCAGUAUUACUAGAAGAGAAUAUAGAAACGACUGACAGUGUGGCAACCGUUCUGCCGAUUGUUGACGAACCAACCACAACUAGUGAAGCAGCGCCGGUCGUCGAUGAACCACCGACUACUGUCGAUAAUCAAACAGUUGACGAUGACACUGCAGCCAUUCCAACCGAUGCAGAACUUGAAUUGGAUGCAGCUGACGAUCCGAACAACGAUACAGCGUCAACCGGUAACACAAUAUCGUCGCUAGCCUCAACACUAUCAAAUGAUCUCGAUGCAUUGGAUGAGGAGGAGGAAGAGGUGGACGAAGAUGCACUCAUUGAGCCAAUCGUAGCCGAUGCUGAACAGACUUUACUGGACUCGCCGGUUACUCUGGCGGAAACAGAUGUCGAAAUGAUUCCAUCGAUUGACGGUGCCGAACAAAUGGCCGUUGAAGAUACGAUAGCACCAGUGUUAGCAUCAACGAAUGUAGAUUCGGCUAUGGAUGCCACACAAAGCAUUCCGGCUGCGGACGAACAAAUGGAUGUGCUCGAAAAUAAUUCGAUGGAUCAAGAUCUGUAGAUGGGGAGAGGCGUUAUUUACCGGAAACAAAACAAAAAAUUCUGUUGGAUCAUCAUCGGUGAGAUUACAGUCAUCGAUUGUAUGGCGCGUUUUUUUUUAUCGCAAUUAAGGAACAUAUUUUCUCUCUCUGUUUUGUUCUGUGUUUUUAAAUUAACUGAAGACGAAAUUGCCCCAUUGCCAACGGAAUUUUCAUUUCCAUUAUUUUAAUUUCAAACCAAUAAAUGUGCUACGCAUCAAGAAAU